UCACUCUGCACUUUCAGGUUGCAAAAUAUAGUUUUUAUUUUCCCCUUCAAAUUUUCAAAUUUAAAAUAGUUUGUUUCAUAUUGUGUUAAAUUUGCAGCAUCACAAACUAGAGCAGUCGACCCUUCUUACGCUCUGGGGUACGAAACUAUGUUUUCCGACGGCUAUCCAUUCUUGAUGGUGUCCCAGGGUUCACUGGACGCAUUAAAUGAAAUUCUUAAGGAACCACUGCUGAUUAAUCGUUUCAGACCGAAUAUCGUGGUCGAUGGAUGUAACCCAUUUUCGGAGGAUUUGUGGAAAGUAAUAAAGAUAAACAAGUUAACAUUUCAUGGCGUAAAGUUGUGUGCAAGAUGUAAGGUACCGACUAUCAAUCAAGAAAAUGCGAUAGCUGGCCCCGAGCCGACUGAAACCCUAAUGAAGUUCCGAUUGGACGGAAUCUUGAGACCAAACUGCAAAAAGCAGGGAAAGGUGUUCUUCGGACAAAAUUUAGUGUGCAAGGAAUCGCUCUCGGCCGCAGGCGGAGGGGCGCUCGUCAAGGUCGGCGAUCCGGUUUACGUUCUACAGGAGGUAUCUUCUUGUGCCGAAGCCCCGGCUUAAACAAGUCGGAGAUUCGGUGGCGCAGAUACAGCUUUCCCUCUAUCGCGUGCGGCGCAGUAUAUGUACAUAAAAUAACUAGGAAAGCAGUUUCAGUGUGGUGCUUUUCGGAGAAGCUAAGGGAGGAAGAAGUUGAUUUCAACAGUGCAGAUGCUGCAUCUUCUUUGUUGUAUGUAUAAUAUAAACACAAGAUGGUUGUUUCAAAACAAGCAAAGCAAAUCCUUGAUGAAACAUUUCUCUUUAAUAAGUGGAUGCCGAGCACAUGAUUUUUGCUGUAA